AUGAUGGGCUUGGGGGUAGCGGGAAAGGCCCCUCUCCACGGCUCCCUGUCAAGGACUUCGGAGGCGGCUCUUUCUCCGCCUUCCUCGCCUUCCUUUAGGGAAAAAGCCUCUCGGGGGGGAUCCGAACUCGCCUCCCUCAGGAACCGCCGCCCUGAGGGCUGCGCGGAGAUCGGAGGAGGCCUCGAAAGGCGCCGAAUCCCCUCAGAAACGGCCGGGCGGUGGGAAGACGAGGACCGGGAGCCUCGCUUGGACGCCCAGCUCGGAUCCGGAACCUCAGCAUCCUUUGCAAGCCAGGAGGGAGGGAGCAGAAGGACCGGCAGGGAUCCGUUCUGCAGCCCCAGAAAUCGUCCCGUGAAGGAAGAGGCCCCUGGAAAUCCCGCAGAGUCCCUGGAGCCCUUUGGAGUUGCUCUGCUGGAGAUAGGAAGGAUGGAGACACCCCCUUUAGCCAAGGAGGGGAGCGGAAAAGGCCCCGCAGCUCUUCAGCCUGGGAGCUGUGGGGAGAGCUGGACCAGAACCGGGCAGAAGGUCCUGCAGGAGGGAACCAUCUUCCCUUCAGAAGUUCCGCCCUGGACCUCCAUCCCAUACUGGGAGUCUGAGGGUCCCCGAGGACUUUGCAGCCAACUCCAUGACUUCUGCAGGCGAUGGCUGAGGCCAGGAAAGCACAGCAAAGCCCAGGUGCUGGACCUGGUGGUUCUGGAGCGGCUCCUGGCUCUCCUGCCCCCAGAGAUGGAGGGCUGGGUGCGGGAGUGUGGAGCAGAGAGCAGCUCCCAGGCGGUGGCCCUGGCAGAAGGCUUCCUCCUGAGCCAAGCAGAGGAGCAAAAGGAGCAGCUCCAGCCGCAGUGCUGCACUGUGGAGAUCAGAGAUGCUGAGGGAAAGAAGAACCCAUCAAAUCCCCCUCAGGAGCUUUUUUUCAGGAGGAUCCCUUGGGAAGAUCCAAGUCAGGACACCUCAGGAGAGAAGCAAAGAAUGAAGCUUUCUGGUUUUUAUGACAGAGCUCAAACAGCGGUUGUACCUUAA